AAUUUAUAAUUUUGGGUUUUGUUUGCUUUUCGAUCCGCCGCUAUCUUCAGCAAUUAAAAGUUGGACUCUGAAACUCAGAAACCCAAAAACAAAAAAAAAAGACGAUAAAUAAUCGUCUCUCUUUCUCUCUCUCCUCUCUUCACCGUUCUCCCUUUGCUUCAUCUUCAAGGUUUUAUCAUCAUCUUCUUCUCCAUAUCCUACUUCUACAACACACACCUGCUUACAGCUCCUCAAGAUCGAGUUUUUUACUUCUCAACCAAGUGACACACAACCAAGAACUUGACAAGCUUAGAUUCAUAUCAAUAGUUAGACGUUGGAAAAAGUUACUUUAAGAAACAGUUUCUCCAAAAUUUGUUCUUUCUCAAACGUCAAGAAAACAGAGCACUCAAAACAGGGGAGAAAGCUUGUCGUCUUUUUUUUUUUUUUAUAUAUUUGAUUAAUGGAUUCAAGUAAUCAUCUUUACGAUCCGAAUCACAUAUCUUCUUCUUCUUCUGGGUUGGGCGGUGGUCUUCUUCGUUUUCGAUCAGCUCCUAGCUCUGUUCUCGCCUCUUUCGUUGACCAAGACAAGAGUGGCUUCGACGACUCCUCAGAUAGGUUGCUUUCUAGAUUCGUUACCUCUGAUGGCGUAAACGAAGAUCUCGGUGUUUCACUUAAGUUCGAAGAUAAUAAGUCUCCUGUUUCGUUAACUAACAACACCUCUGUUUCAUACGCCGCCGCCACUCUCCCGCCGCCUCAGCCUGAACCGUCGAGUUUUCUGGGUUUGCCGCCGCAUUACCCGAGGCAGAGUAAAGGGAUGAUGAACUCUAUUGGGUUGGAUCAGUUUCUUGGUAUGAAUAAUCAUCACCACACGAAACCAGUUGAAUCCAAUCUUCUCCGGCAAAGCAGCUCCCCCGCCGGAAUGUUCACUAACCUCUCUGACCAAAACGCAGGUUAUGGUCCAAUGAGGAAUUUGAUAAAUUACGAAGAAGAUGAAGUGAGUCCAUCUAAUUCCAACGGAUUAAGACGCCAUUGCAGCAUCUCUUCAAGGCCACCUUCUUCACUUGGAAUGCUCUCUCAGAUACCUGAAAUCUCACCCGAGACAAGUUUUCAGUAUAGCCAUUGGAAUGAUCCUUCCAACUUCAUUGAUAACUUAUCCUCCCUUAAAAGAGAAACUGAUGACGAUGGGAAAUUGUUUCUAGGAGCUCAGAACGGUGACUCCGGGAAUCGAAUGCAGUUACUGUCACAUCAUUUGAGUCUACCGAAGUCAUCAUCGACAGCUUCAGACAUGGUUUCAGUGGAUAAAUAUCUUCAGUUACAAGAUUCUGUUCCUUGUAAAAUAAGAGCAAAACGUGGCUGCGCUACACAUCCUCGAAGCAUCGCUGAAAGGGUAAGAAGAACACGGAUAAGCGAGCGAAUGAGGAAAUUACAAGAACUUGUUCCUAACAUGGACAAACAAACGAACACUUCGGAUAUGUUGGAUUUAGCUGUUGACUACAUCAAAGACUUACAAAGACAGUACAAGAUUUUAUACGAGAACAGAGCUAACUGCAAGUGCAUGAACAAGGAGAAGAAGUCAAUAUAGUGCGCAACAAAGUGUGUAUAGAUAGGACCCAAAAAAACAGCAGAGAGAAGGAUAAGAUAGAAACAAUGUCAUGUCUGAAUAUUUUUUAGCCGAAACAGACCAAAUUGUCUAUGUAAGCUCUUCAGAAGAAAAGUAUAUGCUUUCAACAAAAUCCUAAGCAAUAAAAUAGGACUUAAUCUGUUCUUUUA